CUUUCCCGUUGCAAUCCAUCACCAACACCCCAGCGCAACCCGAGAAACCACCUCCCACCUCGGAGGCCCGCUCACCCGCGCCCCAUCCUUCGAGGAACCCCCUCCAAGAAAUAUAGUACCCAGAAACAGGGGUUCUAGUUCAUGUUCCGUCGCCUCCUCGCAGCCAUGGCCGCCGAAUCCUCUCCCAAACGCCUCAAGAUGGCCACCGCCGCCACGGGCACCGGCCCCCUCAUCGGCACGCACAGCGGGCACUUCCACGCCGACGAGGCCCUCGCCGUGCACAUGCUCCGCCUGCUGCCCGCCUACGCCGACGCCCGCCUCGUGCGCACCCGCGACCCCAAGGUCCUCGAGGCGUGCCACACCGUCGUGGACGUCGGCGGCGAGUACGACCCCGCCCGCCACCGUUACGACCACCACCAGCGCGGCUUCGUCACCACCUUUCCCGGCCGCGACACCAAGCUCUCGAGCGCGGGGCUCGUCUUCCUACACUUUGGCCGCGCCAUCAUUGCCCAGCGGCUGAGCGCGCAGCAGCAGCAGCAGCAGAAGCAGGAUGCCGCCUCAGCCAGCGUCGUCGCAGAGGACAGCCCCGAGGUCGAGCUCCUGCACCGCAAGCUCUACCAGGACUUCAUCGAGGCGCUCGACGCCCACGACAACGGCGUCUCCGUCUACGACCCAGCCGCCGUCGCCGCCGCCGGGCUCGAGAAGCGCUUCAGCGAGGGCGGCUUCACCCUCGGCGCCGUCGUCGGCCGCUUCAACCCCAACUGGAACGAUGCCCGCCCCGCCGACCCGGCCGCCGCCCAGCAGGCCGAGGACGAGCGCUUCCUCGAAGCCAGCGCCCGCAUCGGCGACGAGUUCGACCGCGACCUCGACUACUGCGCCGCCGCCUGGCUACCCGCCCGCGACGUCGUCCAGCGCGCCUUUGAGCGCCGCCGCGACUUGGAUCCCGAGGGCCGCCUCCUCGUCCUCGAGGGCGCCGGUGUCCCCUGGAAGGACCACCUCUACACCCUCGAGGCCGCCGCCGCCGGCGGCGCCCCCAGCCAACCCGUCCUCUACGUCCUCUACCAGGAGAAGCCCGAGCCCGGCGCCAAGUGGCGCAUCCAGUGCGUCCCCGAGUCCAAGGACUCCUUCGUCAGCCGCAAGCCCCUGCCCGAGGCCUGGCGCGGCUUCCGCGACGAGGAGCUCGACGGCAUCACCGGUGUCCCCGGCUGCGUCUUCGUCCACGCGGCUGGCUUCAUCGGCGGCAACAAGACGUGGGAGGGGGUCAAGGAGAUGGCUCUUAAGGCCCUGGACGCGUAAUGUUACUCUGCAGAGCAAAUCCAAAAAAAGUUAUGAUAAUGAAUACAUGAAAAAAAACACUAACCCAGGGGAAACGGCCUCUGAACGAUGACAAAGAAUCGUAGUGGUAAUCUUGACAAACUAAGAAGAGGCCACACAAGGCGGAGCUUCGCGAUUCCGAAUACAAGACCGAGGCUGGUCCUCGUUGGAGAUACGCCGGCAGACCCCCGUAGUAAAGAGAACCUAGGCGAGAACACGAG